AGUGCCAUGGAUUGGCUUUGGGGAUCGGCCACAGCGGCCACAGAUGUCGGGACACAAUGCUUACAGUCCACCGGAACAGUGGGGACACAAUGCUUUCCGCCCAGUCUGGAAUCUGCAGCACGGAUGGUGGGCGAACAAAGGUAUGAUGAAGCAUACGGCAGUGUUAUGGAACAUGUCAAGGUGUUUGAAUUGGCCAAGGGAUUCUCUUUGUUGGCAAAAUGCGCAUAUGAACUUGGCAGGUAUGAAGAGGUGCCUGAUUUGGUGGCUUCAAGCAUUGCUCAUCUUGGGCCCGAGCAGGAGCAUGUCUUGCAUUUGGCAGGAUUGGCAUUCUUGAAGAUGGACAGAUGUGAGGAGGCAUAUCUUAGUCUGCGGCGCGCCUUGCAGUUGCGGCCAACUUGUGCCAAGAUACAUGGAGCACUUAAAGAUGUAGCGGAGAAGAUGCAAGCACAGAGUCAGGAAAUGAUUGUGCCGUACUUGUGGCAAUAUCAAGAGCAGGAUGGCAGUUGGAGUGAUAUGCCUUUGGCACUUUGUGAGAAGCUAGAGAGUGCAUUUGCAAACUAUCAGGCGGCGCCGCAAUCUGCAUUGCUUAAAAUGCACGGGAGGGAGUUCGACUUUGGCACCAUGCGGCAGCGAAAUGUUGCCAGCGGACGGUGGAGAAGUGUGCGGAGGCAGUGUGUGGCCGCCAUGGUGAACGCUGGCAGCAUCACUGCACAAAUGCUUCAGCAUUGCUUGUCACAGACGGUGGCAUCACGACAAGCCAUUGCAGCAGCGGAAGAUGUUCGCGAGAAGCUGGGCUGUCAGCUAGACCUGCUUGCAAGGCAGGAACCCGCUUUGAUGAAAACGAGUGGUGACCUGAACGUGCACAAAGCUUCCUUGAACCAGUGGCAGAAAGAAUUGCAGAUCAAGGAGGCAUCAGUCAAAGAGUUGCAGAAAAACAUUGAAGGGCAAGAAGCAGCAAUAAAGGAGGAGGAGACUCGCCUGAAAUUGAAGCUAAAGGCUCUGCGACUGCGGGAAACAUCAUUGGAACAGAGAAUUAAUGAAGAAAUUGAGGCCCGUAUGGCUGAACUCGAGGCAAAACUUCGGAACCGGACUUUGAAGAUAGCCGCUGCUAACUUGGGUUUGGAUGACCCUAAGGGAAGCUUGCCGGCCAUCAUUUUCGGGCAAAGGCAAGAGAUCGAGUUUUGGCGCUCAGGAAAUCCAUGCCAAGAUAAGGUGCUCUUGUAUCGCUUGGGUUGCGGUCAGGCGAUGUUCCUGCAAGAUGGGACACUUGUGGAGCCUAUGCAGCAGCUGCUUCUGGGCACAGCAGAACCACACAACAAGCCGUUCAACGGGAAAGUCAGCAUAUGCCAACAGAUGUCUGGUGUCCAAGUGCAUCGAGUGCUGCGAGUGGUGAAUCCCGCGCUUUGGCGGGCUUACUGGGAGCGGAAGGCCAAAUUAAGGGGGGGCCGCAGUGGCAGAAUCCAGCCCUUGCCGAAAACACAGGAAAUGAAGCACUUGGAAACAAUCGCGUUUGAAGUCGCCCCGGACCAGAAGACGCUUGGAGCAACUUACUGGAUUUACGUUGACACGCGUGUAAAUGAGAUGUUGUUGUUUCAUGGAACCUCUGCCACAAAUGCAGAAUCGAUUGCAACUAAUGGCUUCGAUUUAAGCCGUGUCCGCCAGGGGCUCUAUGGCAACGGUUUCUACUUUUCAUGUGAGGCAUGCAAGUCGUUCCAAUACACCACCCUCGACACUGCGCAAUCUGAACGCUGCAUCAUUGUUGCACGGGUUCUCCUUGGCAAUCCCAAAUAUGCUCAAAGCGCAUUGAAAGGCGCCGACGCUGACCUUUUGAGGACGGCAUCUCCGGGUGCUCAACCAUUGCCGCUCAAGGUUGGCGCCGUUUUUUAAAGUUUUGUGCCGACGAUGCUGUCCCAAUCACAUGUUGUUGCAAGAUGAACAGGUUCGUAUGAAAGCUUGAGGAACUGAUGUGGUUUUGAAGUUGGUCGAAGUUUCUGUCCUGCGAAGUGACUUGAGUCUCACCGGUCUACCACGGUUGUCAGAACAAAGAAAGACACGCAGCUGCACCUAGAACCUGCGGCUUGACGCAAUUUCAUGAAUUAUGUUGCAAAGUGAUC